AUGGUCCACCUCCGCCUCAACGACCCCGACACAUCUCGCAACGAGCACAUCAACUAUAUCACAGCAUUGCCCCACUUCCCGGACCAUGAAGAGGCGAGACGAAGGCUAUGCCAACUGGCCGCCCAGGUCAAGCCCGUCAUGAAAAACCACGGGUUCCAAAUCAACUCUCUCGAGGAGUUCGAGUGGAAUCGCGAGUUCGCUGGGCGCAACUGGAACGCCGGCGAGAACGUCGAGCUGGUGCUCCGCCGGCAGGACGGCUCGUUCGCCCCGCUGCAGUGGGUGCUCAUGGUCUUCUGCCACGAGCUGGCGCACAUCAAGCACAUGAACCACGUACCCUCGCUUCACGGCAAGCUCGACCGCGAGCUCAAGCAGGAGUGCAAGGACCUCCAGUCGCGCGGAUACUUUGGCGACGGCUUCUGGUCGGCCGGCCAGCGGCUGUUUGACAAUGUUGUCGUCUCUGGCGCGGGCAUGAAUCAGCUCGAAGGCCUCCCGCAGUACUCGUGCGGAGGCGCAUACCGCAGGCAGACGAAACGCAAGCGCACCGGGACCGGAGCGGGUAGCAAGCGCAAGCGUCGGGGCUUCAAGGGCCCCAGCUUGCACACCGGAGCGCAGACGGCCGCCAAUACCAAGGGCGGCCGCCGGCUGAACCGCGAGCUGCCGGGCCAGGGCAGCCGCGUGGACUCCCUCAACUUCAUCCCAACAGCCUCGGCGACGUCCAAGAGCUACAAGGACGACCCCAACUCGACGUUCCGCAAGCGCGCGACCAGCCACCAGGCGCGGGAGCUGCGCGCUGAGGCUGCCAUGCGGCGGCUUGGGCUCGGAAGGUUCAAGGCGGAGCCGACGGCGGAGGAGCGGGAUGACAAGAAGGACGAAAAGAAGCCAAAGCUCGAGACGGCAGCGACGACGACAACGGCGACUAGGACAGCCGGUCAGUCGACCCUUGACGGCUUCCUUCCGCACCCGAGCCCGGCAGAUGCCGGAGACGACUCGGAGACCGAGACCGAGGAGGAGCCGGACCGGGACCCGAACGACGGCUUCCUGAUCCUCGACGGAGGCGGCUCUGGCGCCGGCGAAGGAGACGACGACAGCGACGAGACCGAGACGGAGCCCGAGCUCGACGGUGCCGCCGCCGCGGCGGGGAGCAGCCAAGGCAAGGUCAAGAGGGAGGCCGAGACGCAGGCCAGCGGCGAGACGGAUGCGCAGCGACGCGAACGCGCCCGCCUCUAUCGCCAGCACGAGCGGGCGCAAGGCGCGAACGUCCGACUCAAGACGACGAGCGAGGAGUGGUCGGAGUGGUUCCAGGUCGUUCAAGAUCAGCCCAGAUCUGGCGACAUCCAGGCCGGGGCCGAGGAGGAGGAGGCGCACGGCGGAUCCGGCAAUGCUGGGUCGAGUCGACCAACGGCCGAGCAGCGAACCGCACCGCCAUCACCUGCGGCUCCGGUGGUUGUCGAUGACACAAAACAAGUGACAGCGGUCGCGGCAGCGCCGAUCAAGGUCAAGGCCGAGGAUGCCAUCGCCAUCUCGGACAGCGACGAGGAAGACAGGGGCGAGAUCGCACCGCCUGGCUUGGGCUCACGUCUGGCGCCGGCCGCCUCCCCAAGUCUCGGCGUCUCCGCUGGGCGAUCGAGUACGGCAAAAGCCCCGAUGCCGGCGGCGGCGCCUGCGCCCAGGCAGCAGACGGGCGAGUCCGGGGCCCAAGUGUGGCAGUGUCGGAUUUGCACGCUCCUCAACCCGCUCGUGGCGCAGCGGUGCGAGGCGUGCGAUACCUCUCGCGGCUCGACGCUGCUGGGACAGUAG